AUUUUUUUUUUCUAUAAAAAAGCGUUACCUCUCAACUCUGCAGCUCUGGUCGCAUUUCACGAUGGUAGACCUUGGUCCUUGCUUAAGCGGUUGAAGGCAAGGCUUUGUCCCACUUUGACUACGGUAAAGGUACAAUGAGAAUCACAAGAAGGUGUGCGCGCGCAAACCUCUUCAGUUUGUUUCCCCCUGUUCUAUCCCGCAGGCUCUACCAUCUUCCUCCUUCACCCAUUGUUAAUGUCGAUGAUGCUGUUGCCUCUUUCACCGCCCUUCUCAACAACCCCAAUCCACCUUCUCAACUCGAAUUCAGUAAGAUUCUUUCUUCUCUUGUUAAGAUCAAACAAUGCCCCACUGCUGUUUCCCUUUUUUGGCAAAUGGAAAAUCGGGGAAUCAUUCCUAGCCUUAUUGCACUCAAUAUAUUGUUGAAUUGUUUCUGCCAUUUGGGUCAUAUGGACUCCGCUUUUUCUGUUUUGGGUAAGAUUAUCAAGAUUGGUUAUGAAUUUGAUGUUAUAACUCUAACAACACUCAUCAAAGGGUUCUGUAUAAACGGCAAGGUUAGGGAAGCAUUAGCGUUUCAUGAUAGGGUAAGAGCGCUAGGGUUUCAGCUCAACGAGGUCAGUUAUAACACUUUGACCAAUGGGCUUUGUAAAAUAGGGCACACAGGAGCUGCUGUUAAGUUGCUAGAAAAAUUGGAGACACAGCCGGUAAAACCUAAUGUAGUACUGUACAAUACUGUCAUCGAUGCGCUGUGUAAAGAUGGGCUUGUAAUUGAGGCAAGCGAGUUGUUUUCUAAGAUGAUUUCAAGGGGGAUUUCUCCUGAUGUCAUCACUUAUAGUUCCCUAAUUCUUGGUUUUUGCAUCAUAAGUCGAUUAGAUGAAGCUGCUCAAUUGCUUAAUGAAAUGGGGAAAAAGGGCAUCGAGCCCGAUGUAUAUACCUUUAGUAUAUUGAUAGAUGCAUUGUGUAAGGAAGGGCGAAUCGACGAAGCACAAAGUGUGUUGGAUAGGAUGUCAGAAGGAGGCCAUAAGCUGAAUGUUGUCCCUUACAAUGCUCUAAUGAAUGGAUACGUCAUAAGAAAUGAAGUCAAUAAGGCAGCUGAGUUAUUUGAUGAUAUGAUGAAAAGUGGUUUGGUUCCUAAUGUUAGGAGUUACAACACUAUGAUCAAUGGAUAUUGUAAGAAUAAGAGAGUGGAUAAAGCCAUAGAACUCUUUAAACAAAUGCGUCACAAAAAUUUGGUUCCUGAUAUUGUAACAUACAAUUCUCUUAUUGAUGGCAUGUGUAAAUCACGAAGAAUUUCCUGUGCACUGGGUCUUCUUGCUGAGAUGCAUGAUAAUGGUCAGUCUCCUAGUUUAAUAACUUUCAAUAUCGUGAUAGAUGGUUUGUGCAAAGUCCAACGUGUUGAUGAGGCAAUUGCGUUAUUCCGACAGAUUCUUGACAAAGGGAUUAGUCCGGAUGUGUACACGUACAAUACUCUUCUUGAUGGGUUGUGCAAAUGUGGAAAAUUAAACGAUGCAAAAGAGUUUUUUCAACAUCUUUUGAUCAACAACUCUCGUCUAGAAGUUAGGACUUAUAAUAUUAUGAUCAACGGACUUUGUAAAGAGGGGUUAUUUGAUGAAGCGAUAACCUUACUCUCAAAAAUGGAAAGCAAUGGUUACCUGCCUGAUUGUGUAAGUUAUGAAACAAUUGUUUAUGCUCUUUUUGACAAAAAUGAUAAUGAAAGAGCAGAGAAAUUUCUUCGUGAAAUGAUAAGUAGAGGUUUGCUAAAGAUAGAGAAGGAUUGCAAGACUACGAUUCCAGUGGAAGUGGAUCGGAUCCUUAGAACAUCCAAAGGAAUCCAAUGACGUUGACAGUUCUCAUAUUUUCAUCGUCUCAGAUGGAUAUUCGAAACAUAUGUGAAAAAUAUCUUUGAUCAUAAGGUUAUCAGCUUCAAUAUAUGAAGGUCAGUAUUUGGUUGAAGAAAUUGGCUUGCAUAGAAACAUUAUUUCUGGCCACUGCUCUUUUUUAGCUAACCAGGCCUUAACCUGCUGGUAUCCUCUAGGCGGAAGUUAACGCCUAAUUCCUGAACCCUCUGUGUUCACCUUUUAGGAGGUAUGGGGGGCUGCUCAUCAAACGCUGUUGCAUAAAUGCCACUCCUAAAGAUCGAACCAGGACAUGACAGUUAAGCAAUUCAAGCAACUACUACUUUUGCUAGGUAUUGUGAUUCUUUUUGCUGGUCACUGCUAACCUGCCGUUGUUAGUAUUUUGUGCUCUCUUUGUAUCAGUUUUCUUCUAAUCCUGUUUCUGAAUUAGUUAAAUUUUGGAGAGACAGAUUCAAGGGAAUUCUGCACCUUCACUGUAAUAAUGCUUGACGCAAAACUUUUGUUGUUCUUAAUAGUAAUAAGUAAUUGAUUUAUUAAGCAAUAUGUAGGGUUUUUGGGUUUUGUAAGCCGUAUCAAAAAUGUUGGUUAAGCUGCUUUAUGAUCUUGAGUAGAAUACUUGCGAACUGGAGGAAUGCUGGAUUCGCAGCUGAUCUGACCGGAAACUUCGUCUUCCUUUUUUUCAGGUACGACAUCAGAGAUAUCAAAGUACCGGCAUUGUUGGAUCGUUUCUUAGAUUAUGAAACUGCUUUCUGUUUUAUGCUUGACGGCAAAGCAUUAAUGUAAUCAAAUAUUUUGGAGAUUGUGAUGUUAUCUUAAGCAUCCUAGGCAUGUGGUAGCUUUAGCAAUGUAACCAACAAAAUUCAUGAGAAGGGAGGUUGAUGGUUUUUCUCUCAAGUGAGAUUUGUACAGUUUCAGAAUGGCCUAAAGAAAAACCUCACGCUUGCUACUUUUCAGUUUCA